AUCAAGAAACCACCAUUUAUCACAUCCCUGCCUCACUCCUCUUACUUAUUCAUUAAUUUCUUCUUUUGAAUAUGCCUUUAAAGAUAAGGAAGGAGUUCCUGCUCUCUCUCUCUCUCUCUCUCUCUCUCUCUCUCUCUCUCUCUCUGAGGUCUCUGCACUCACUGCAUCGAUCCUUAAAUGAACUUUCUUUCUCUUUUCACUAGGUUUUGCCUUCAGAAGAGCUUCAUCCCAGAAAAAGAACUCUUGUUACUUUCUCUUUCUUCCUCUCUGCAUUCAUUCAUUUUCUUCAAAUUUCCUUUUCAAUCCCUAGCUGGGGUGCUCUCGAAUCUGUCUCUAUUUCUUGCACUGAUCUCUAUUCAAACCUAGAGAGAGAUCCUACCGAAAAGCCUAUGUUGCUCCAUCCUCCUCCUCCUCAGUCUCUCUUCUUUUUAAACACACCCCAUCCAAAUCAUAAGGCACUCAUGAUCUAAUCACAACCUCCAUCAUUCCAUUGUCAGCCUUUAUAUCUCCAGUUGACACUCUCUCUUUCUCACACUCUUCACUUACCAAUUUCUAGUUUUCUUGGAUUCUCCUGUUUCCUUGUUAGGACUCUCUACCAUCACUGAGCCCUCGUCACAAUUUCCCUUCAAGAUCCCUAACUCUCAACCCCAUGUUUUCUAGAUCAAGACCCCCCAUGACAACCCCACCACCAACUUUCCCUGAUCUUUCCUUGCAAAUCAAUCCUCCAGGUGUUCCAGAUUCCAGGAAGGAGGUCGCGGCUCAUGGCUACGAUGAUUUCACAAGGAAACCGUUUUGUAGUGAAAUGAGCUCGACCACCGAUUCUGGCAGCAGCGGGAGCGAUUUGAGCCAUGAGAACAAUUUCUUGUCACAAGAGAGGAGUUUUGGUCAUGGCCAUGGUGAGCCCACAUUGAGCUUAGGGUUUGCAACGGGUGACGUUGGCCAUUCAACCUUGCAACAACCACCUAGAAGCCUCAGUCACCACCACCAUCCUCACACAUAUGGCCGCGAGUUCAAGCGGAGUGCUCGAGUCGCGAGCAGCGUAAGAAGAAGCAUUAGAGCGCCCAGAAUGAGAUGGACCACGACUCUCCACGCCCAUUUUGUUCAUGCAGUCCAGCUUCUAGGCGGUCAUGAAAGAGCAACCCCAAAAUCUGUACUGGAGUUGAUGAACGUGAAGGAUCUAACCCUAGCCCACGUGAAGAGUCAUUUGCAGAUGUAUAGAACAGUGAAGAGCACUGACAAAGGGUCGUCAGAUCAAGUGCGAACACUAGACAUUGGUACAAGACAUGUAGAUGCAGGAUCAUUAUCUUCUGAGAAACAUGAAGACUGCUACAACUCUAACUCCCUCAAGCCAUUGUCCCAAGCGAGUUUCGAGCAAACGCAAGGAGGUUUGUUGCGGUUGCAAUCAAUGGAGACAAGCGGAACAAGUGAAUCGGAUCACGAAAAUGCUUUGACAUGCGAUUCCCACUUCAAAGCAAAUGACACCAAGGUGGACGAACAGAAGAUUAUUGAUCGACAUAUGCCUGAAGAUGUGAAGGGAAGAUUGCACUCGACCUCCUCGUCGCCACAUGCGGAGGAUGCGUUGGUCAAUCUGGAGUUCACUCUCGGAAGGCCAAGUUGGCAAUUGGACUCCACCGAAUCUUCGCACGGAUUGACCCUUCUCAAGUGUUGAUCCAUCCAUCCAUCAAUCAAAAUUGAUUACCUGCUUUAACUUUAAUUAUGAGGAAAUGGACGAAUGAAUUAUUUGGGCCUGCUAUAUUUCGCGCAUCCAUCAACUUGCUUGGUGAUUUCCUUGAAAUUUUGUCUCGAUUGAUGGGGAAAAAAAGAAGGGGCAGGCAUGACCAAAUGUCACGGACACUCGCUAGUUCCAAAGAAUUUACAAGACAAAGCAUAAACUGAAUUUUCAAGCGACUAUUAAUUAUAACUUUA